AUGAUACGAGGUAAUUAUAGCCUUGCCAAAGAGGUCAGGAAAAGUGAACAAAAGAGUAAACUGAAAAUCCAAUCCCGUCAGAAACAUCAGAGCAAGCUAGAACAGCUUUCUUCAACCGACCCCAUUAGGGUGUUUCUUCAGAUCGAGAAACUAGAGAACAUCACCGGCCCCGAUCAAUUUCAGCAAAAAAAACUAGCAAAACUCCGUCAAGAUUGGUCUUUCAUCAGAAAAAAUAAGCUCCAAGAAGAAAAGGUCAACUCAUUUUUGGCAAAUCGAAAAAAGGCACAGGACGCGAAAGAAAAGGAGCAACGCAAACUACGGGGCAAAGACUCUGUCUACUUCAAUCCAGAGCUAAAUCCUCUUGGAAAAGUUCCUGACAUCAACAAUGUCACAUACGAUUGCGAUUGCUUGCCAAAUAUAGCCAAACCAAGCAAGGUUACACAGAUGUACGAACAAGACGAACUUGUUCUGCACUACAAUAUCAGACCGCCCAAAGGGUCCCCACCAAAGUUUUACAAGAACGUUCAGAAUACGCAAAGAAGA